UUAGAAAACUGAGACGACAUUAACAGAUGUGACUUCACUGCAAGACUUUUACUCCGAAAAGGGAGUCAUUCUGAACAAGGUUUGCAUGUUUGACAUUUGGAGGCAGUAUUGAUCGGGCGCAGAGAAAAUGGGGCAGAAACCAUCGCAACAGUCGGCUCUGGAGGACAGCAGAGAGGUCCUCCAACUCUGUGAGGUGGUCAGUGGAGCUAUUGUGCAUGCCGCUGGGAAGCUGCAGGGGUAUCUUGGAUUUGAAGACCCUCUGAGCAAUCUAUGCCCAGCUCCAAGCACUCUGAACGAGAUCUUCCUAAUUCACUUCGUCACUUUCUGCCGAGAAAAGGGAGUUGACAGGUGGCUCACCACCACCAAGAUGACCAAGCACCAAGCCCUGCUGUUUGGGGCCGACUGGAUUUGGACCUUUUGGGGAUCCGAUAAGCAAAUAAGGCUUCAGCUGGCGGUGCAGACUCUGCAGAUGUCUUCUCUCACUCGCGUGGAAUCCAAGCCUUGUGAGCGCCCCAGUCCGGAGUUCUCGGCAGAGCUGUCUUCCGGGAAGAGCAGAUUUGAUAAGCUGGAAGAGUUCUGUAACUUGAUAGGGGAGGAUUGUCUGGGCCUGUUCAUCAUCUUUGGUGUGCCAGGAAAGCCUAAAGAUGUCAGAGGAGUUGUCCUGGACAGUGUCAAAAGUGAAACAGCGAGGGGCCAUCUGCCAGGAGGGAAGGCUGUGGCACGAUUUGUCCUGGAAACCGAAGACUGUGUCUCCAUCAGAGAGCUGCUUGGAAACUGUCUGAGUGUAGCAGGAAGAACGUCCAAAUCUGAAAGACCACCGAGAAGAAAGGCACUACCUCCUAGGACGGAGAAAAUGGCCGUUGACCAGGACUGGCCUAGCGUUUACCCGGUUGCCGCGCCGUUUAAGCCCUCGGUCGUGCCUCUUCCCGUUCGAAUGGGUUAUCCAGUGAAAAGGGGAGUGCCCAUGGCAAAGGAGGGGAAUCUGGAGCUUCUAAAGAUCCCCAAUUUUCUGCAUUUGACUCCUGUAGCAAUUAAAAAGCACUGUGAAGCUCUUAAAGAUUUCUGCACUGAGUGGCCUGCUGCACUAGACAGUGAUGAAAAAUGUGAGAAGCAUUUUCCCAUUGAAAUUGACACAGCUGAUUAUGUUUCAUCAGGACCAUCUGUUCGAAACCCCAGAGCACGAGCAGUAACCUUAAGGGUUAAACUUUCCAGUUUGAAUUUAGAUGAUCAUGCAAAGAAGAAACUUAUUAAACUUGUAGGAGAGCGGUACUGCAAGACCACGGAUGUGCUUACCAUCAAAACAGAUAGGUGCCCAUUAAAGAGACAGAAUUAUGAUUAUGCAAUGUAUCUGCUAACAGUUUUGUACCACGAGUCUUGGAAAACCGAGGAAUGGGAGAAACGUAAGACUGAAGCAGACAUGGAAGAGUAUGUAUGGACAAAUAGCUCGUCAGAAAAAAAUAUCCUGGAAACACUUCUCCAAAUUAAGGCUGCAGAGAAAAACCUGGAAGUAAAUAAGGAAGAGCUCCUUGGUACCAAAGAGGUUGAAGAUUACAAAAAGUCUGUUGUUAGUCUUAAGAACGAGGGGGACAAUGAAAAUACCCUUUCUCAGUACAAAGAAGCAGUGAAGAGACUAUUAAAUCUGACGUGAAUUAUGUACAGAAGUAUGCUUGCUUUAUUAAUUGUAUGAUCUAUAUGUAAUUGUUAUCUAGUUUGAUAUAAAAUUAAAAAUGUUUAUAGAAACA